AUGAACGGCAAAAACGAGCAGAAAGGAAACAGAUUCGUCGUCGAGACGCUUUCGGGAUUUAACAUCGAAGGCUUAUCCAUAGGCGGUCAAGAAACAAGCAUCAUCUUUCCUCAACUCAAACUGUGUUUUGAUAGCGGAAGGUGCUAUCAAAGAUGCGUAUACGCGGACACGAUGUGUUUGACGCACACCCACAUGGACCACAUCGGUGGUUUGGGGAUGUAUAUAGCGAGUAGAAACUUACUUUCGUUACCACCACCUACGAUACUGGUGCCAGAAUCAAAGAUUGAAGCGAUUUCGAACUUUAUAGACGCGCUGAGAGUGUUGGACGAUAGUGACCUUCCGCAUGAAAUGAUACCUUUCGCGCCGUCCGCGGAAACGUGUUAUUCGAUGAAGAACAAAAACUAUAAGAUUAAAGCGUUUGAAACCGUGCACCCCAUUGCGAGUCAAGGGUAUGUUAUUCUUUCGACGAAGCAGAAGUUGAAAGAUGAAUAUUUAUCGCUGAAAGGAAGUGAAAUAAAAGCUUUAAAAGAUGACGGCGUGGAAAUUACCGAUACGGUGGACGUGCCGGAAAUUAUGUUUACGGGAGAUACGACGAUGGACUUUUUACACUCUUCUCCUCAGGAAGUUAUUCAGGAAGGUUUGAAGUCGCGAUUAGUGUGUCUCGAGUGCACUUUCUUCAACGACGACGUCUCACCUGCAGACGCGAAACGAUUCGGUCACACGCACGUAAGAGACAUAGCCGAAAACGCGGACCGUUUCCGCGAAUGCGAAAAUAUUUUGUUGAUUCACUUUUCGGCAAGGUAUACCCGUGAAGAGAUUCGGGAGGGUCUGCGAAAUCAGCUCGCUGAAUCGCACGCGUGGCUCUACGCGAAAAUUACGCCGAUGCUUGCUGGAUACGAUUGA